GUUAUACUGUUACUGAACUUGUUGAAGUGAUCAGCAUUAUCUUUCUGCUACUCUCAACUUCCGAGUUUCACAGAUAAAUCAGUGUUAAAGUGAAAGUCCGAGAGUUAAGAUGCAUUCGCCAGUGUCCUAUAACAGUGAAGAGAAAAUUUGGCGCGGUCCAAAUAAAGUGGCAUGGUUGUUCAAUGAAAAAGCUAAUUUGGGGAGAAUUAUUCUUAGUUUCCUGGCCAGAGAUCCCCGAAAAGUGGCCCAGAUCAGUGAUAACAAUGGCAUCAGGAUGACCAACCGGGAACUUUCGUCGGACACUGAGAAGAUUGCCGGUGGCUUGAGACGUAGGGGAUGCCAAAGGGGAGAUGUAGUUGGUUUUAUGGCUAGGAAUGGUCACAAUUUAACACCAACAUUGUUUGCAUGCUUCCUCCUCGAAGCUCCAACUCAUGCCAUGGACAUCCAUCAAGAAGAAAAUGAAAUCUAUGCCUUGUUUAGCAUCACUAAACCUAAAUUCAUCUUCUGUGAUGACGAGAAGAUUCCCCUGGCAGAGAAGGUUGUUAAGAGAUUGCACAAUUCGCCCACGAUUAUCGUGUACGGGAGAAAAGUACCCAACUAUAUUCACAUUGAAGACCUAAUGAGAGAAGGCGAUAGUGAUGAGUUAAGAAAGGAGAUUUACGAGGAGUCCUGCAGAGAAAGUGAGGCCAAAUAUCAUAUAAUUGUAAGCUCUUCAGGAACAACUGGACCAUCUAAGGCAGUUUGUGUCCCUUAUCAAACACUCUUGGAGCCACAUUGGACGACAAAUAUUAACGCUACACCAACGGAUUCUCUGUUCAGCUUUUGCACACUUUUCUGGUCCAUCAGUUACAUUGUUCUCUUCAAAAGUGUCUUUCUGGGCCUUACACGCAUCAUUACUACUGAGACUUUUAAUCCUGAACUAUAUAUACACAUAAUCACCAAGUAUAAAGUGACUCAUACACUUGUAUCACCGUUAUUCCUGGAACAUGUCUUGAAUUCUCCAAAAUUCACAUCCUCCAGCUUGUAUCCCUUAAAGCACAUUUGGCUUGGUGGAAACAUGAUUACAGAUCGAUUGCUUAUGAAGUUGCUGCCGCACAUUCCUAACAAGGACUUCCUGAUUACAUAUGGAAUGUCCGAAACUGGCACUCUAUCAAGGUACAUGUAUGAUCCAACAAGACCUGCAGCUGUUGGAUUUAUCGAUCCUGGUAUAGAAGGGAUUAUUGUGGAUGAGGAAGGGCGUAAAUUGGGCCCUGGUGAGCAAGGAGAGAUAUGUUUCAAGACGCCUUAUAGUUUAUUUGAAUACAUGGGAAAUCCGGAAGCUACUGCAGCUUUGAGGGAUUCAGAAGGGUAUCUACACACAGGGGACUUAGGGUACUACGAUGAGGAUGGUUACCUUCGUAUCGUGGGACGGUGCAAAGAUGUGAUUAAGUACUUCAUGGACCAUGUUUCCGGUUCAGAAAUUGAAAGAGUUGUAGGGAAUCUUCCAGGAGUUUUCCAAGUGGCUGCUGUUGGGAUCCCUGACGAAAAAUGUUAUCAACUGCCGGCAGUUGUUAUAGUUAAGCAGGAAGGGGCUUCAAUUGUUGAAAAAGAGGUUUCUGAAGUUGUAGCCAGAGAACUCCCUGAUAAUCACAAACUCAGAGGAGGGGUAUAUUUUACGGAUAAACUAGCAACAACUUAUUCAGGAAAACUAAAGAGGAAGGAAAUUGAAAAAUAUGCUGAAGAGCAGUAUCAGCUUUUAAAGAAGAAUGAAUAAAUUUCUUUCUUUUUUUUUAUUUCGUGAGGUAUUUUGGUUUUUAUUGUAUGAUAUAUUUUAACUUCUUGGGAACUAGUGGAUAACCGUUUAAUCCAAAAAAUCAUUCUUUUCUAAAAUUAAUUUUGGGUUUGUAAAAAAAUAUGCUCUAUAGGGGAAAUGGGGCGCCUAUGUGGAAGUUUUGAAAUUGGGUUUUUUCUCCUCUUUUAACAUUGAAUUAAGCCUUAUCACAAUGUAAUUUAGCUUCAAAAUUAGUUUGUAGAGCUCCAUUAUAUCACAAUAUGGUAUAGUUCCAUUUAUAAGUAGGCGAAAAGAGCAUAAUUUUAAAGAUUUUAAAGGUGCCCUAAUUCAAAGGUACCCCUUUUCCCACUAUGACUCAUGGUGAUCCGCUGGUUGCCAAAGUUUUAAUUCAUGAAAUUUAUCUAAUUAUAAUCAGUAAUUAGUAUGAAUCAUAAGAAAUAUGCUAUUUCUAUUCAAAUUCAAAAUAUAAAAUUUUGUAGGAUUGAUAAAUAAAUUGUUAUGGUGGUUGCGAAA